AUGAGUAGUAUGUCAACAAAAUGGCUGGCAGAACUGAACUCAUACGGAUCGACAUUCAAUAUAAUUUGCUUGAUCCUUGUCAUCAUUGCAAUACCAGUGGGAACAAGUAAUGUUCCUAGGUUCAAUUCGUCAGAGUACGUCUGGGGAACGAUCCACAACCGUACCUCUUACCCAGAUUGGUUUGCAGUUAUGAUGUCAUUUUUAAGCGUUAUUUGGAUCAUGUCCGGAUACGAUUCUCCCUUCCAUCUGAGCGAGGAAUGUUCCAAUGCCAACAUUGCUUCUCCAAGAGCGAUCGUCAUGACAUCCGGGAUUGGUGGAAUCAUGGGCUGGUUCCUUCAACUCGUGGUUGCCUACACAGUGAGAGAUAUAGAUGAAGUUAUAGACUCGGAACUUGGACAGCCAUGGGCUUCAUACGUAUUCCAGGUCAUGCCAACUAAACUAGCCCUUGCAAUUCUUUCUGGAACUGUGAUCUGUGGCUUUUCGAUGGGUCAAGCGUGUAUGAUAUCCGCUUCUCGCGUAGCCUAUGCUUACUCCCGUGACGAUUGCUUUCCCUUUUCCAACAUCUGGAAAACGAUCAACCCAUAUACCCAGACUCCAGUCAAUGCGGUGUGGUUCAACUGCGUUCUAGGGAUUCUAUCUACGCUCCUCAUAUUUGCUGGUGAUGUCGCAAUGGGUGCAUUGUUUUCCAUUGGCGGUAUUUCAGCGUUAAUCGCAUUUUCAAUACCAAUUGCUAUUCGAGUUUUAUUUGUCAGUCAAAGAUUCCGCGCUGGACCGUGGAACUUAGGAAAGUAUACAGCUUUCAUAGGGAUAUCUGGUGUAUCCUUUGUGGUGAUAAUGCUGCCAAUCGUCUGCUUCCCAAAGGUUGCUGGUUCUGAAUUAACGCUAGCGGAUAUGAACUGGACUUGUGUGGUAUAUGGUGGCCCUAUGGCUGGUAUUAUUUUGUGGUGGAUUAUUAGUGCAAGGAAAUGGUUCAAGGGGCCUAAAGUCAACCUUGAGCAUGCUAUGCUUUCAGAAUACGAAGACCAAGCCACUAAUAAUAGCACUAACAGCUUAAUAUAG